AAGAAGAAGCGGAAGCAGGAGGCAUGACGCACGACGAAGCCUCUCUUGGCCCAGCAACAUGCAUGCACUGUAACCAUAGAAACAGACCAUACUGGUAAUUAUUAUCGUUGUUCUAUACUGUGCUGAAUGUAGCCUGUCGCUAGCUGGUUAGGUAGCUAGCAUUUUUUUGUGGGGAAUUUGUCGUUGAUGCCACAAGUUAUGGUUGUACGAGUAGAAGAAGUUGCUGCAUCGCUUGUGCGGGAAUUUCUCAGUCGGAAGGGACUCAAGAGAACGAUUGCCUGCAUGGAUGAAGAGCAUCCCCGUACAGAUGCCAGCAUCAACAAUAGAUCCGAUCUGCGACAAAUUCUUCAUUUGGAAGGCCUAUAUAAAAACAACAAGGCCCAAGACUGUCCCCUGAAAUCAAUGUUGGAAAUCAUUGUAAGACAUCACAUUGAAGGACAUAAAGAGGACAGGCCAGGCUUCAACAGUGAUGUCAUCCAGACCGUAUCAACUACACAGAAGUUGGUGACAAAGUCUCCAAUAUUGACACCAACAGUGUAUGACCACAGCAGGGCAGAAGAGAACACUACUGGAUUUAUUUUCAACAAAACUGACAUGUCAAGGUCACUUUCAGAGGUUGUCUGUCCACCUCAUGGUACAUUAUCAUCAUUUGAAGUGUCAGAUACUCCCCAGAGAAGUUUCUGGAGCCAUAGCCUUUCCUCAGAGGGCCAGCAGGACCGACAGCCUGUACCCUCCUUCCUAGACAAUGACAGCGCCGCUAAAAGGGAGUCCUUUUCAGACAAAAACACGGUCGUCAUCACAGAGAGUACUCAUAAGAACAAAACAAGUCGCCUCAGACGAGGCAUGAUGGCAGGUCCCAUAGCUAGUUCCCCCCAGGAAUCGAAUAGAAAACGUCAGACUCGACGGUUGGGAGGCCCUAAUCUUCUUCUGGCAAAUAAUGAAAACCACAAAAACAUCAGCGAUGGGCCUCUGUUGACGACUGUCCAGUCACAGAGAAUGGUUAAAGGGUUGACAGAGCUCUCCACUGCUGACCCCAUGAGAGAAAGCCAACAGCCGCGGCGCAGCACACUGGGAAAAGGAUUUGAUGAAGAUGGCUAUGGGUUUGAGAGAGUAGGAAAAGACAAGCACAAGACCAGCAGAACAAAAGCAAUGACCAAUCAAAAUGUUGAUCUGCACAUGUCGGAGAUGAUUUUGGAUGACAUUGAUGAUGAUGAGGAGUUGCGUGAGCUCUCCAGAGUGUCCUGCCACUCCUCCAGUUUGCCUCCAACCACUUCUGAUAGUCAACCCAUGGACCAGCAUACUGCCAUUGCCCUGAAAGAGCUCAUCCUUGGCUCCAGCACCAGUUGUUUCAGUGCUGAGUGGAGGAGUCAGAGUUUCACUUUCUCCGAUGCACCUGAUCUGAGAUAUGGGCUUGUUCAGAAGAAGGGUGGUCCUUGUGGAGUUCUGGCUUCAGUCCAGGCUUGUAUUCUGCAGAAACUUCUGUUUGAGGGGGCCGGCAGCGACUCAGGGCACCAGAAAUUAAGACCCUCUGGUGCUGUGAGAACAAAGUGCCUCACUUUAGCCACUGCUGAGAUCCUGUGGAGGGCUGGGGAGGGGAAAAAAGCCACCAUUGCCAUAACAUCAGGAAGAAAUAAUUUCACCCCUACAGGACACCAUAGAUCUGAAGGAGUACUAGAAAAGAUGACAUGUAUUGAUGUUGACAAUCUAAAGGACCUUCAGUUGCUUGUGGAACAGCAUAUUCAACAGUUUGAGUCGGGAGCCUUAGGGUGUAUAUUGCUCACCAUCUCUGCUAUUCUCUCCAGAUCUAUUGACCGGGUUAGAAAGGAUAUGGAUGUCCCCAACACCACACUCAUCGGAGCCCAUGGCUACUGCACACAGGAGCUUGUCAAUUUAUUGCUGUGUGGACAGGCUGUGUCCAAUGUCUUCAACAACAAUAUGGAGCUGGAUUCAGGCAAUGGAAACCUGACCCUUCUCAAGGGAAUAAGAUGUCGCAGUGACAUUGGACUGCUGUCCUUAUUUGAACAUUAUAAUAUAUGCAAGGUUGGCUCCAACCUGAAGACUCCCAAGUUCCCUAUCUGGGUGGUGUGCAGUGAGAGCCAUUUCAGCGUGCUCUUUGGUGUGCAGGAGCUGCUGAGUGACCAGUGUGUGAUCGGGGAGUUUGACCUGUACUACUACGACGGCCUAGCCAAUCAGCAGGAGGAAAUCUGCCUAACUGUCUUUGUAGGUACCUCAGGAAUAUCUGCUGGCUGCCAAGGUGUGGACACUGAUCUCAUUCCUCCUCUUGAACACUGUAUACGGACCAAAUGGAAAGAUGCCAUUGUCAAUUGGAAUGACACCGAGCCCAUACUUUGACUGGCUAGUGGAUAGAAGGUGAUGACUGUAGAUGAGACUGGGCCUACUCCAUGGCUGAACACACAAAAUAUACUGCUUUCUUAUUGCAAAAUAUGCCAUUUAGCAAACACUUUUAUCCAAAGUGAUUUAUAGGCAUGCAUGCAUUACAGAUUAAAUAGAUUUACUUACAGUAGCUGUGCAUGGGUAAAAUCCCCCCCCAAAAAAAGCCAUAUUACAACCUACUGUGUGUGUUGUGAUAAUUGCAUUGUUUGCUCUAGAACCUGUUAGUUCAUAUGCCUUGCCACUGAUAUAUAGGCCUAAGGCCGAGACAGUAAGAAGACAUAGUGGCAGAAUAAAUUCAACCACACCUUUGUUUAGUCACAAAACCAGAGAGAAACCUCUGUCUGGUGAAGUCCACAAAUCAUAUUGCUUGUAUCAAACAGUUAUAUGACCUACAACAUGGUCAAGCAAGUUAAUGUUUCUGACUUUUUACUAAACAACUAUUGAUUUAGAGCCACAGAGAGUUAACAUAAGGAGCUGCCUCCACUAUUCCAGGCACCAUUUAUACUUCAACAUUUCAACAUCAUCAAGUCAAAUCCCCUAUGCUUGGUCUAAUACAGUGACAACUAAAAGAUACCAAAAAAACGAUUUGGUCCUAUCAAUGUAAGCUAAAUGUGAUGUGGCUGUCCAUGGUUCUGCUUUCUCUCUCUGUGUGUUCGUGCAUCCGUGCAAGUAGAAUUAACAUGUUGACUCACCCUACUUGUAGAGAAACGCCAAUGCCAUCAUCUCCUUUCAUGUCGAUGAAAUGGUCUAUGACUCUGUCAUUCAUUACACGCUUUUAGUUUUUGCUGUUCUAGGCUACCUGGCUAAAAUGCUUGCUAGCUAGCUUAACUUGCUUUCAUGGGCAACAAUGCGCCAGGCCAGCUAGUUUAACAUUAGUCUACUAUGUCUAGCUACAUAUUGAACUUCCAUCCUCUCAGGCCAGGGGCACAAUGUAUGAAUUAAUGUUUGGAUCAUUAUCACCAUUAUAAUCAUUGGCCAGUACGGAGAAUUAAAGCGGCAUUGUGUAAAUUUUUGGGCGUCCCAACCAAAUUCACAUAGAAAUGGGAGUUAUAGAUCUAUCAUUCUCAUUCAAAUCAAGUCUUAAGAAGUGGUAGAUCUGUUCUAUUGCGCACAUUUUUUAUUCUUCCCGGUCUUAAGUUUGGUUUUUGUGUCUCUUUCGGUUUUGUACACCAGCUUCAAAUAUCUGAAAAUGUUUUUGGUUAUGGAAAAUAUAUUUCACUGCGGUUUAGAUAGUACAAUGAUUCUCUACACUAUUCUUGCUUGUUUUGUCACAUAUACAGAAAUUAGGUGAACUAUUAGACUUUUAACAACCAGGAAAUGGCAGAGUGAUUUCUGCAUAGUGCAUCUUUAAAUAAAACCACAAAUCCAAAUCUCCAUCCAUGGCUAAUUUAGGAAAGGGACCAAUUUAGCUAACUAGCUAGCUAGCCACCGGAGGACAACAACAUAACGAGAUGCAACAAUUCUGUUUUUUUUUCUGGCAAUUCAAUAUUAGGAAGGUAUUGUGAAAGUUGCACUAUGCAGAAAUCACUCCGCCAUUUCCUGUUUGAUGAAAUUCUAAUAGUUACUCUAAUUUUAAUCUACGUGACAAAAUAAGAUGGUACAGUGUAGAGAAUCAUUGUACUGUCUAAACCACUGUGAAAUAUAUUUUCCAUAACCCCAAAUAUUUUAUUUUCAGGUGUUUUGAAGCUGGUGUUACAUAUUGGCACUUUACUGUUUUGGACAGUCAGUGUAUUUGUAUUGUAUAAAACAGGGUUCUCCAACUCUGUUCCUGGAGAGCUUCAAUCCUGUUGAUUUUUGUUCCAACCCGGUUCCUGGAGAGCUUCCAUCCUGUCGAUUUUCUCCAACCCUAAUCUAGCACACCUGAAUCAGGUUAGAGCGAAAUGGGGUCGCUCUCCAGGAACAGGGUUGGAGGCCCAUUGUAUAAAAUAUAUUAUUUGUAUAAAUAUUAUUGUAUUUCAUCAACAACCACAUGUGUUGACACGAUCAUGGAGGCCAUUUUGUACAUGUCAUUUACAUUUGAAUCAUUUAGCAGAUGCUCUUAUCCAGAGUGAUUUACAGGAUCAAGUAGGAUUAAGUGCCUUGCUCAAGGUCACAUUGACAGGUUUUUCACCUAGUCCGCUCGGGGAUUUGAACCAGCGACUUUUCGGUUACUGGCACUUAACCACUAGGCUAGUCGCUGUCCCCAGGUAGCCUAAUUGUUUUUGAAUGCCUGAAGAUGUUCUUAUAAGUGGUGCAGGAAAUGUUGAUUCAUACGUCUUAAAACAAGUCUUUACCUCUUCAUUUUUUUACAUGGACAUGCCCAAUAUAAAGAGGAGUGCCUUGGAUUUGUUGUAGCCUAUGACAUGCAGCUUUCAUGACCAUCAGUCUUAAAGGUAGAGUCAGCGGUUAUUUCUGCAACAGCUAAGAGCAUCUUGCAUCUCGCUCAUCACAAUAUCAUCUGUGCGGCUUGUGGCAAUGUCAUUUAGCUCACUCUACCUUUUAAUGUAUGACAAUAUCCAUAAGGUAUUAUUAUAUUUCAAACAUUAUUCUAUUACAUGCCGUAUAUACUACAUAUCUUACCAUUUGAUGUUAUUUGUGAAAUGGACGUGUGUAUUUUAAAACUAUAAAACAUUUUUGACUGUAGAUGUUUUAUUUGAAUGGUCAGAGUUGUAAAAUAAUUAGUUUUAUUAAUUUAAAAGUUGUGGAUCACCUGUAUCUUGCCUUUUGUCUUCGGUGAAUGACUGCACUUGGACACAUGCAAUGCCUUGAUUGUCCUCUUGCUGCCACUGUUGAGUUGUAUAUGGUUCCUGAAUGUUGUCAACAUUGCUCACUCUUGGUUUCCAUGACAGAAGAGAAGAUAUAUGAAAUGUUCAUGUUUGCCAAAUCAAAAUCUAAUAAAAUUGUAUUGGUUGCAUGCA